AUGGAUGAAGGGUAUUUUUCUCCUUACAAAAAGAAGCUGUUUAAUAAAAAGUUUAAUUCAAUGAAAUUGCACCCUUACUUUUCUAAAUACACCAUUCAAGAUGAUAUUCCUGGAACAAAGCGGUAUGGAAAGAAAUCGCAAUCCCUGUUUAACUCCAAGCUAGAGAUUAAGCCUGAAAUAUCAAAUUUAUAUUCUGGGAUCCCAUAUAGAAAACUAUUUAAAACAAAUGCGAAGAAAAUAGUUGGCUCAUCAUUAUCUUCGCCUUCGCAAAAGCACAUAAAAUCGUAUUCCAAUAAAAAUAUCAGGCAUAUAAAGAUCCAAGAUGUUUAUGAUUUCUUGGAUAACAAUAAUGAUUUUAAAACAGAUAGGAAACAAAAUAGAUAUAUUUUUGAUGAGAAAACAAGCUGUCUUAGAUGUGCUUUUCAAUUUGAUACUCCAGCUCAUAAGAGAGAUCAUCCAAGUCUUGAAAAUAUAAUUGAGAGGGCAGACUUUAACAGCCCAAGUUCUCUUUCUUCUAUAAGAUGCUGGAAUAUAAAAAAUUAUCAUUAG